GUGAUGGCAUCCUUUGAGGUUGUACAUCACAGGUGUUCUGUGGCAGGUGUUUAUAAACGUCUUGAUUGCAUUACUAGAAAUUUUCUUUGUAAGUAGCCUUCAUUAUUAUUAUUUUUUUAAUAUGCACUUAAGCAGUUAGUCCUGGUGACAAACAGUAAAAGCUUUUGCCCUGGGGUGUGUGGCUGAGAUGACAGUGCAGCCCUCAGUUGACUGAUUCAGUUGCUCAAAGCCAUGUUGGAAUAUGAGGUAGAAGUACUAAUUAGUUUGCUGAGUGGCCGUUCUUGGUGCCUGGGGCAGGGUGGUGCUGAGCCAGCCAGCAGGGUGCUCAGUCCCACCCAGAGGCUGCAGUGUCUUCUACCACCUGCUCUGCAUAACCAUCUCAAAGCUCCUGCGUGGUGUUGGUGGGGACUCUUCCUUCACAAGAUUGAUUUGGAUACCAUUGAUGUCAGCAAUCUCAACAGGCAGUUUUUGUUUCAAAAGAAACAUGUUGGAAGAUCAAAAUCACAGGUUGCCAAGGAAAGCGUGUUACAGUUUUAUCCAGAAGCUAAUAUUAUAGCUUACCAUGAUAGCAUCAUGAACCCUGACUAUAACGUAGAGUUCUUCCGCCAGUUUACGUUGGUUAUGAAUGCUCUGGAUAACAGAGCUGCCCGUAACCACGUGAACAGGAUGUGUCUGGCUGCUGAUGUUCCUCUUAUAGAGAGUGGAACUGCAGGCUACCUUGGACAAGUAACAGUUAUUAAAAAGGGAGUGACAGAAUGUUAUGAAUGCCAUCCUAAACCAACUCAGAAGACUUUUCCAGGCUGCACAAUCCGAAAUACGCCAUCGGAGCCGAUCCAUUGCAUUGUGUGGGCUAAGUAUUUGUUCAACCAGUUGUUUGGAGAAGAAGAUGCUGAUCAAGAAGUCUCUCCUGACAGAGCUGAUCCUGAAGCUGCCUGGGAGCCAGCAGAAGCAGAAGCCAGAGCACGAGCAUCCAAUGAAGAUGGUGAGAUUAAACGUGUUUCAACUAAGGAGUGGGCUAAAUCAACUGGAUACGAUCCAGUUAAACUUUUUACUAAGCUUUUCAAGGAUGACAUUAGAUAUCUGCUGACAAUGGAUAAGCUGUGGAGGAAAAGAAAGCCUCCAGUGCCACUGGACUGGGCUGAGGUACAGAACCAAGAGAAAAACGUAUCUGACCAACAAAAUGAAUCCUCUGCAGUCUUGAAGGAUCAGCAGGUUCUGGAUGUCAAGAGCUACGCACACUUGUUCUCAAAGAGCGUUGAAACCCUGAGACUUCACCUGGCUGAGAAGGGUGACGGAGCAGAGCUUAUAUGGGACAAGGAUGACCCUUCUGCAAUGGAUUUUGUCACUUCUGCUGCCAACCUCAGGAUGCAUGUUUUCAGUAUGAAUAUGAAGAGCAGAUUUGAUAUCAAGUCAAUGGCAGGAAAUAUUAUCCCAGCUAUAGCUACUACUAAUGCGGUAAUAGCUGGUCUGAUAGUGCUGGAGGGGCUGAAGAUUUUAUCGGGGAAAAUAGAUCAGUGUAGAACGAUUUUUCUGAACAAGCAGCCAAAUCCCAGAAAGAAGCUACUGGUUCCCUGUGCUUUGGAUCCACCAAACCCUAACUGUUAUGUCUGUGCGAGCAAGCCAGAAGUGACUGUGAAACUCAAUGUACACAAAGUUACUGUGUUAACACUCCAGGAUAAGAUAGUGAAAGAAAAAUUUGCUAUGGUAGCACCGGAUGUACAAAUAGAUGAUGGAAAAGGAACGAUUCUCAUCUCUUCAGAAGAAGGAGAGACGGAAGCAAAUAACCACAGGAAAUUAUCAGACUUUGGAAUUCGAAACGGCACUCGACUCCAGGCGGAUGACUUCCUGCAGGACUAUACGCUGUUAAUCAACGUGCUGCACAGCGAAGACCUAGAAAAAGAUGUAGAAUUUGAAGUUGUUGGUGAUAGCCCUGAAAAAGUUGGCCCCAAACCAUCAGAACCAGCAUCCAAGAACAUUACCAAUGGUAGCGACGACGGAGCGCAACCCUCAACAUCAACAGCUCCAGAUCAAGACGAUCUAUUGAUCAUUGAUUCUGAAGACGAAGGUACUUCAAGCAACGCAGAUGAGGAUAUGGAAAAUAAAGGCCUCAAGAGAAAACUAGAAGAUAAAGAGUGUGUUGGUACAAAGAGAGCACGUACUGAGCAGAUGGAAGAGCAAGAUGAAAUCAUAGCAUUAGACUGAACACGCGAACACCCCUUGACAAAACGAUUCAGAUAAAGUAAUACAGUAACAGCAUAUUAUGUUGGGAUGUGAAAAAUGUCCAGAACUAGACUUACUGUAAGGCCUUUGUUCCAAGUGAAUACCAAACCAAUGGCUUAAAUAAUUUGUGUCUGUUUCUCUUGAUGAUAAAGCUCUCGAUAGACUCUUUUCAGAAGUUUUUCCAUAUUAAUUCCAUAUAUUAAAUGUAGUAGAAACAUAGUUUAUAAAUACUUACAGAUAAGUAUUUGCUUAAACAGUCAUGAAACAAGCAUGUUAUUGUGUAAAUACCUUUUAGGUAUAAUUCAAUAGGACAAAGAAAAAAGCCUACUCUCGUAGGUAAAGGGUCAUUGUCUGAUGCCCAGAUUUUAAGCAACUACUUUUUUUUUUUUUGCUUCAAGAAAAAUAUUUUUAGCCUAGUCCUACACAUUUUUCACACCCUGAACAAGUAAAGAAAAAAAUUCAAUAAAGCAAAUUAGUGCCAUGUUUUAACAGUGUUCUUGAGCUUCAACUGGCACUAUGUACAUUACUGUAAAACUGUUAAUUUACUCAAGUUUUUCAGCUCGUACUGCCUGGUAUGUCAAUGUAAGAAGCAAAUUUUUGUGUAUUGUUACAGUUUCAGGUUAUUUAUAUUUGAUGUUUUGUAAACUCAGAUACUACUACUAUACUGUACAUCUGAUGGACCAAAUAAAUGACAUCUGAAUACUUGCUAUAUUUGCUUGCACAGUCCAAGUUUAUGCUGACUUAUGGGAUUUUACAAUGUAUAGCCUUCAAAAAUUACUGUAUUAUUUUCAUUUUUCUAAACAUAACCUAGUAGUACAGAACUUAAGCUUCACUUGUUUGAGGUGAAAGGGGAAUUUUUUUAAUAAAACUUUUGUGAAUGUC